AUUUUCACAACCUUCAUUUAUGUCCUUGUUAGCCGAGGUAAUAGGAUUGGCUGGUUCACACAGGAAGAUCAGCAAAGCCCUCCCCAAUCCUAAGAUAAGACUUUUGAGGUGGACAGGGAGGAAUUAGUGGGGAUAGAGCAACCAAAGGAGGAAGCAGGACAGUCCUCUUCAGUCUCCGCUCUAUCCACUCAACCAUCCCGAGUUGGGUCGGUCACACCUAGAAGAGGACUCAAGACUCGCGCGAUCCUCCCCCACCACGUGAUCGAAAGUACAGGGCAACCUGCACCCAUUUCUCUGCCUGCAAAGCACAGGAGAAGCCGGCAAAAUUUCUUACCUUGAGGAACUUGACAGAGAACCGUCGGACGACGAGAUGGGUAGCGGAGCGAGUGCAGAGGAUAAGGAAAUGCAAAGAAAGUCCAAAGAGCUGGAAAAACAGCUCCAGGAGGAUGCCGACAAAGAGGCCAAGACGGUCAAACUUCUGCUGCUGGGUGCUGGUGAGUCAGGGAAGAGCACCAUUGUAAAACAAAUGAAAAUUCUCCAUCAAGGUGGUUACACGAGAGAAGAGCAAAUGGAGUUUAGGAGUAUCAUAUAUGGCAACAUCCUGCAGUCUGCCUUGGCCAUCAUCAGAGGCAUGGAGAUGCUGGACAUCAACUAUGGGUCACCAGCAGCACAGGAAGAUGGCCAGAAGCUUCAGAACCUGGCUGAUUCAAUCGAUGAAGGCACCAUGCCACCGGAGCUGGCAGAUGUCAUUAAGAGACUAUGGAAAGAUACAGGUGUCCAGGCUUCCUUUGAGAGAGCUGCAGAGUACCAGCUGAACGAUUCUGCUGGAUAUUAUUUGAGUGAAAUGGACAGAAUCUGCAAACCGGACUAUAUCCCCACCGAGCAGGACGUGCUGAGAUCUCGAGUCAAGACUACUGGUAUCAUUGAGGAGCAGUUCGGAUGCAAAGAGCUCCACUUCAGGAUGUUUGAUGUGGGUGGCCAAAGGUCCGAAAGGAAGAAGUGGAUUCAUUGUUUCGAGGGUGUGACUUGUAUCAUCUUUUGUGGAGCCCUGAGCGCUUAUGACAUGGUGCUGGUAGAGGACGAUGAAGUUAACCGCAUGCACGAGAGCCUCCAUCUUUUUAACAGCAUUUGCAACCACAGGUUCUUUGCCACAACCUCCAUUGUGCUUUUCCUUAACAAGAAAGAUCUCUUCCAGGAGAAGAUCAAGAAAGUUCACCUGAGCAUCUGUUUCCCUGACUAUGAUGGUUCAAACACAUACGAAGAUGCCAGCAACUACAUCAAGCAACAGUUUGAGGAGUUGAACAUGAAGAAAGGAGUGAAAGAGAUCUACUCACACAUGACCUGUGCCACAGACACAAAGAACGUCGAGAUCGUGUUCAAUGCUGUGACAGAUAUUAUCAUCAAAGAGAACCUUAAGGACUGUGGUCUGUUCUAGACAACAUCAGUUUUUUCACAGUUUUUCUCCAGAUUUUUCUGCCCCAUCCCCACCUGAAUGAUUGGACCUACUCUGGUGAAGUUGCCACAGUAAGAAAAAACAGCAACAGGUGACGUGAACUCUAUGGCAAGCGGUCAACUGAUCCCCAGCCAAAUAUCAAUCGUAACAUCAACUUUCUGAGGCUAGAUCCAGAUUAGAGUAAUGGGUUCUGCUCUCUAAAGAGACUCUAAAAACAUUGAAAAUAUUUUCAAACCACUGGUAGACUCAAUGAGAGAAGGAUUACAAAGAAAGUGGACUUUUGAUGCUAUGAGUUAAUGGCGCCUGUAGAGGCGUUCCUCUUCCAGUGUUAUAUAUACAGUAUAUAUAUAUAUAUAUAUAUAUGUGUGUAGAGAGAUAGGUUUAUAUAGGUUUGACUAUUAGAUGUUUUUCAUCAUGUCAAGAGAAAGAAAUUAAAUGCACUUAACACAGUUAUAAAAUCACUGUAGUGGGAAAUCAACAUCUGAACGUAACACAAAACGUAUUUUACACAGUGGCAGCCGGUGACUUCUUUUUUGAGGGUGCUCAAUGUGAAGUUCGUCACAACAUGUAUGUAUCCCGUCAUGUGUGUGGUUCCUUUUUUCAAAAUAUGUGUUCUGCGCAUCGAGUGAUCCUGUGUGCAUCACAUGUCUUGUCAAAAUAAGUGCCUGCUGCAGACGCGUCUAAAGUGUUUAUGAUAAAAGAGAUACGUUUGCCAGAUACUCACAUAAUCUCAUGUGUAAUCAGAGUUUAGUGUUCAGGGAGUGUCUUGUGUUUAUUUUGUGAACGUCUUUUUUAUCAUAAACGGUUUUGACGCGUGUGCAGCAGGCACUUAUUUUGAAAAAACACAUGAUGCACAUGGUUCACAUGACGCAACAAACACAUAUUUUUGAAAACGCAAGCAACAUACAUGACACUCUGAACACAUAUUUUGAAUAAGCGCCCAUCAGAUGAGCAGUCACGAGCCACCACUGAUUUUACAUAUAGAGCUUCACAGAUUUCUAGAUAAAGUUGUAUGUACAUAUAUAACAAGACCUGAUUGUUUUAAUUGAACUGACUCCCAUGACAAAUUCUUUUUCAACCCCAAACACAAGUUUUGUAAAUAUAAGUAGGCAAAUUCUAUAUCAAAUGUACAUGGAGAUGAAUCUAUAUAUUUAUGAUACAGUAAUACAAGAAUACUCUAGAAUGGAUUAUUGCUUCUUUGUUUAACACCCGAGGUCUGAAUUUGUAAAGAUGUUCUGGAAUGUAAAUGUAGACACCUGAAAUAAAGACUUGCAUCAAUGCUA